AUGGCCGGGCGCAUCCAUCGACUACAAGCAGGUACAGCAUUUCCUCCACGGGCUCAGUGCAGCAAGCUUUGGCCGGUACCCUUGUUCAGACCCUCGUACUUACGCAGCAGGACUACAAAGACGUCAAUUUGCGAGGUCACCCCCGGUGUUAAGGCGUGGAGCGGCUACGUCUCGCUUCCAGCAUCAGUUCAAAAUCAAGUUGAGCAUACACGUGCUUCAUUCGACGUCAACUUGUUCUUCUGGUACUUUGAGUCACGCCACGAUGCGGCAAAUGCGCCAACAGCUAUCUACCUUGGUGGUGGUCCGGGGUACACGUCCCUGGAUUCCAUGUCUGGGUUUCCAUGCAACAUAAACAACGAUUCCAAUAGCACAACCCUAAAUGCGUUCUCCUGGAAUAAUAAUGUGAACAUGCUAUACAUUGAUCAGCCGGUAGGAACCAGCUUUUCUUACGCGACCAUCCAAAACGGAACCUUGGACGUUGCGAACCGUGGCCCGCCAGUUUUUACACCGCUUCAGAACAGGUCACAGCUCAAGACGAAUGCGACUUUGAUGGCUGCGACAUUGGAUCCUCGGCCUCUGGAAACCACACAAAAUACAACCGCGCAGGCUGCCCGGACCAUCUGGCAAUUUGCCCAGAUUUGGUUCCAAGAGUUUCCAAAAUACAAAACUACGAACAAAAAGAUUUCAAUUUGGGGCACAUCCUACGGAGGAUUUUGGAGCACCGGAUUCAUGUCGCAUUUCAUUACACAAAACAAGCUCAUUGCAGCCAAUCAGCACAAGAACGAGAACGCGACAGUUCUUCCACUGGGUAUCCUAGGCAUUGCCAACGGGUGUAUUGAUACGCGUGUUGAAGCAUUUGGAUAUCCCCAUCUGGCCUAUAACAACACAUACGGAAUCCAGGUCUAUAACGAGAGUAUGUAUAACGAAGUGAUGCAGCAGGUAGUUGCCCCCAAGACCGGAUGUUACGAUGCGGUAGACGAAUGCAGAGCUUUGGCAAAGGAAGGCGACCCUCAUGGCUAUGGCAAUAAUGAAACGGUAAACCAGGCUUGUCUGUUCGCCACGGAGGCUUGUUUCGGAAAGGUGCUCUCACCUUACAUGGAGGUUUCCAAUAUUUCAUCAUUCGACAUCACUUACCUCAACAUUACAUCGGAUGCGACCGAUUACUUCAAUGGGUUCUUCAACCAACGUUGGGUGCAGGAAGACUUGGCUGUCCGUGUCAACUUCACGGGCAAUGACUAUUCAUAUCAGACUGCGCUCCUUGCCCAGACCGGUAAUGUCAUGGUAGGGGACAUUUCUCUCCUUGAACAUGUCUUGGAUAAUGGGGUUGGUGUGGCAUUGGUGUUUGGCGAUCGCGACUACAAGUGCAACUGGAUUGGUGCCGAGAACAUCUCUCUUAGUAUGGAUUAUUCCGCGGCCGCAUCUUUCCGCCAAGCCGGUUACACUGACAUACAGACCAAUUCCUCAUACAAAGGCGGACUUGUGCGGCAGCACGGCAACGUAUCUUUCUCUCGUGUUUUUGACGCCGGACACGCUGUUGCUGCGUAUCAACCACAGACUGUUUAUGAGAUAUUCGAGAGAAGCAUGUUUCGAAAGGACAUUGCAACUGGAGCGCAGGAUGUGAACGACAGCUUCAGUACAAAAGGGCCACUCAGCAGCUGGGCGACUAAAAACUCCGUGUAUUCGGACUCACCUGAGAAUGUGUGUUACACAUAUGUUGCGACAGACACGUGCACAGAUGAGCAGUUGGGUGCUCUUGCUAACGGAACAGCCGUUAUUGUUAAUUUCGUGGUAACAACACCUGCGGGAACAAGACUCAAGCACAGCUCGGGUGAACGGGGAACAAACGGAACGGUAGCUGGUUGUUCCAGCUGA